CUUUUUCUUUUCUUUUCUUUUUUUCCUUUUACCUCCAACGAACCCAGGCUUUCUCUUUCUCUUUCUCUUUCUCUCUUCUCCGUUCAUCUCUUUCUCUAAAUUAACGAAAUCCGUUUUCCUUCUCUGUUUUGCAACACAUGAAUCAGGGAGGAAUGGCUCAAAAAAUCGAGAAAGCAGAGACCGAGUUUAAGGCACCGGAAACCUUGACUCUUUGCGUCAACAAUUGCAGAGUGACCGGGAAUCCGGCUACCAAAAACAUGUGUCAGAAAUGUUUCAACAUCACCACUGCUACAACCUCCUCCUCCUCCUCAUCGCCAUCUUCCACCGCCAACGUUACCUCGGGAGGGGCGGUUGCUGGAGGAGCCUCAAUCAUGAAAUUCUCGACCAAGCCAUCCUCAAGAUCUGGGACUUCUCGAUCAAUCGUUGGAGAUCUGAUCCGAUCCUGUUUCUGCUACAACGAUGACAAGCAGCAGCCAGAGCUCCUCGUUGGACAACUUGAGUGUGGAGGCCUUGUCGAUGGUGGAAAAGAAAGUGGUGAAUCGAUGUUCUAGUUGCAGAAAGCGUGUAGGAUUGACUGGGUUCCAGUGUCGCUGUGGGGAACUUUUUUGCACGGAGCACCGGUACUCUGAUCGACACGAUUGUAGCUACGAUUAUAAGGCGGCCGGUCGAGAAGCAUCAGAAUUGAAUGAAACCCAGCGAGGACA